GUUCUGGACACACUGUGGUCUCAGACACCCUGAGGCUCAAACUUUAGCUCUUUACAAAGCAGUUUCAAAAAUAUUUCCACCAUGAUUUUUCAAGCUAUUUUUGAUUGUAUGGAUUUUACUCUUUGGCUGUUGUCAGGUUUUGUAUUGCUGCUUUUAUUUGAUUUUACCAAAAAUUCGAGGCCUCGCAACUUUCCUCCUGGACCUCUGGCAGUGCCUUUCCUUGGAAACAUCUUCACUGGAUUGGACUUCAAAACAAUGGAGAAGCUUGCUCAGGAAUACGGCCCCGUGUUCAGCUUGAGGAGAGGUAGCGAGAGGAUGGUGUUUGUUUCGGGAUACAAGAUGGUGAAAGAAGUUCUCAUCAACCAGCUGGACAGCUUCGCUGAUCGACCAAUUGUCCCUCUUUUCCAUGUUAUCUUCAAAGGAAUUGGUAUUGUUCUGAGUAACGGUUAUCUGUGGAAAAGUCAGAGGAAGUUUGCCGGCAUACACCUGCGUAACUUCGGCGAGGGCAAGAAAUCACUGGAAAAAUAUACUGAAAUGGAAAGCAACUUUCUUUGUGAAGCCUUCAAAGAGGAGCAAGGCAAACCAUUCAACCCUCACUACACCAUAACAAAUGCAGUGGGCAACAUCAUCUCCUCUGUGGUCUUUGGGCAUCGCUUUGAAUAUUCUGAUCCAACUUUUCGCAAAGUUUUGGAGUUGGAUAAUGAAGCCGUCAUUCUUGCGGGUUCACCCCGGACUCAGCUCUAUGAUGUCUUCCCUGGCUUAAUGAAACACCUGCCAGGUCCUCACCAGACUGUCCACAGCAACUACAGGGAGAUCCUGAUCUUUCUGAGUAAGGAGCUAGAGAAGCACCAGGAGGAGUGGAACCCAGAUGACCCCCGCGAUUACAUCGACAUGUACCUGGCUGAGAUGGAGAAGAAAAGAGAGGACCCCCAGGCUGGUUUCAACAAAGAAACCCUGUUGAUCUGCAUCCUUGACCUGAUUGAGGCUGGGACAGAAUCCUCUGCAACCACAUUACGCUGGGCCCUGCUAUUCAUGAUCCACUACCCACAGAUACAAGAAAAGGUCCAGGCGGAGAUAGACAGAGUGAUCGGACAGUCUCGUCAGCCCACCAUGGCUGACAGACCCAGCUUACCCUACACUGAUGCUGUCAUCCAUGAAACCCAAAGAAUGGGGAAUAUUGUUCCACUGGGAUUCCCCAAAAUGGCCAGUAAAGAUACCACACUGGGGGCAUACUUCAUUCCCAAGGGCACAGCGAUCACUACCAUCCUCUCAUCUGUGCUGUUCGAUAAGGAUGAGUGGGCGACUCCGGAUAUAUUCAACCCAGAGCAUUUCUUAGAUUCAGAGGGAAACUUUGUGAAAAGAGAUGCCUUUUUGCCAUUUUCAGCAGGUAAACGGGUGUGCAUAGGGGAGCAUCUGGCGAGGAUGGAGCUGUUCCUUUUCUUUACAACUCUCCUGCAACGUUUUUACUUCUCACCUGUUCCUGGAGAGCUUCCCAGUUUGGAGGGCGUCUUGGGCUUCACCUAUUCCCCCGAAGAGUUCAGGAUACUGGCUGUGGCUCGUUGAUGUCAUCCCAGCCAAACACCAAACAUGACUUUGACUUCUUUUUGAUACCUCCAGGUCACAACAUCAGUCUAAAACGUGUAUAAUAGUUAGAGGAUUUGAUAUUGAUAUACUUAAAAGUUACUAUGAUUAGUUUGAUGGGUUUGUAUAGUAAGAACGUGCUAAAUGUGUACCGACAUCAUCUUGAUCCAUUAAUUCUGCACAACUUCACUAAAUGCUUCUCCUUUUUUUUUAAUUUUUUCUGGUUUGAGCUUGUUGAGUUUUGGUGAACUUGGAGCCUGUAAAUGAUUUAAGCCUGGUGGUGCAUUGCGAGAUAAGACUGCAUAGUGCUUUAAAAGAUAAUCAAUUAUUACGGUAUGUUGAAUGCAGUACAAACAUUUGUAUUACCGGUACACUAUAGUACUGACAAAUUAACAGUUCUGAUUACUUUGCAUGGUAGGAUUUUGCAACUCUCUGCAAAAUAAAACAUUUUGGAUGGAUGACCAAUUUUUGGUUUUCUUAGAAAAGGACUGUAAUGCUGUUUAGAAUAUGGAUUUAAUAUCAACAUUAAUUUAUGUGAACGCAUGGAGGGUUUUCACAAAAAGAGCUGAUUGAAUUGAUUCAAUCAAUUUGAACAACUUGAAAAGUGCCCUGCUUUUUGAGAUUGUUUGCAUCCCAAUUGGAGUAAGAGUAAAUAAAGAAUGUCAUGAGCAUUUUAAAUCAUGCACAUUUUGCCCAAUCAAAAACCAAAACAAUUGAAAAACAUAUUAAAAUAAAAACAUUUACUUAGGGAAUUAAAUAAAUACAAGGGUAAAAUGUACAUGUUACUCAUUUUAAAAACACAUUUAUUAAGUAUUUUUAUGCAACAUUGUUCAGUCUAGUGUAAGUUUUAGUUUAGUUUAGUUUAUUUGCACAUAAAAAAAUAUACAACCGCCAAAAGUUCAGACGAACAGUAUGUAGAAAAGGCUAGCAAAAAAGUUGUGAUUUGUUUUUUGAAAUUAUUUGUGCUCGAGCAUUCUCUGAUAUGGUGUGGUAAGGUGUUACAAUAAAGAAGAACCUCUGAACCUAACUGAAAAUUGAGAAAAAGUAGUCCUGAAAAAGGUGGGAUGGAGAUUGUUUGCAGACCUAGUAUUAAAGUGAUACAUUUGGGAAUUGAAUUGAAAUAAAGAAUGAAAACAGGUUGGAAGUAGCUUGUGAAUGGAUUGAUAGACAAAAAUACAAAUCUGAAAAACAUUUACAGCAGAAUUAGGGAGAACACUUGGGGAUUGGAACAAUGGGGUGGAUCUAGUAAGUCUAUUGGAAAAUGUAAUCGUUUUGAUAAAACGUUUUUGCAGGAAUAAGAUACAGUUGAGGUUGCUCAUGAAGGUACUUGCCUAAAUAAAUAUAAGGAUAAAUCAUAGUAUAAUAUAAAUUAAUACAGAUGUUUCUUGGUAAUAGAUGCCGUAUACUUCUGAUUACUCCAAUAUUAUAUUAUAAUAUAAGUCACAGAUUCAGCUCAGUUAAACCCAGCUACACCCACCUGUCCAAUAAACCAGCUGGGUGCCUUUUGCUGUUACUGAACUUUAUUUGGUUGGAUUGAUUGUUUAUUCUAAAACGUCUGAUCCCUGAUAAGACAUAGAGGAGUUUGCACGCACUGCGUUUUAUAUAACUUUAUAUUAUAUUACUGAGCUGAAAGUCUAAUGAGUAAUUGUGUAUACGAUGUUAGAUUUCAUCAUACAUACAACACAGGGAUUAUGCUAGUUAAGGGGCAGAUAGGUGUGUCCGGCUUGUAUAAAAGUCAUUCACAUUAACCUGUGCGAUAUAUCCUGUAGUUGCUUCUUGCCUCUUUUGCAUUUUGAGCUGUUGGUUUUAUUCUGUUUACUCUGUAACAUUUAAUCUCUGAUUAAAGUGGUUUUCACACA